AUGCUUGAUUCUAUUCCUCAAAGUAUUUCAAAUACCAUUUCCUCACAACAAGCACCAUCUGAAAUUUAUGAGAAACUUGAUUUUUAUCGUCAAAAAGCUAUUGUUGCAAAUACUGAAAAAUCAACUCGAAAUUGGGUUACUAAAUUUGAAGAAUUUCGCAAGAAUUAUAAUUAUAUUAUGCCACUUAUAAGAUUACGAAUUCCGAAUUAA